AUGGAUACCGCCGCCCUCCGGGACCUGCUCCUGGGCAGCUUGUCCACCGAUGCGGACAACAGACGACGGGCCGAGCUGCAGUUGAAACAGGUUGAGGAGCAGGCAGGCUUUGUCGAUGCCCUGUUCGAUAUUUUACAAGCCGAGCAGGAUGCAAGCGUGCGCUUGUCGACCGUCAUCUAUAUUAAGCACCGCGUCAAUCGUGCCUGGUACCAGAGCGAUCAGUAUGCCAACGAAUAUAUAAUACCCGAAGAUGAAAAGACUCGCGUCAGAGACCGCCUGGUACCGCUCCUGGCAGCCUCCGCCGGCGCUGUGCGCCAGCAGCUCAUUCCUGUUCUCCAACGUGUCCUGCAGUGCGACUUUCCCAGCAAAUGGCCGCGGUUCAUGGAUUUUACUACCGAGCUAUUAAACACGAAUACUCCUAGUUCCGUCCUCGCUGGCCUUCAGUGUCUGCUUGCUAUUUGCCGCGCUUUCCGAUACAAAUCUAACGACAAUCAUGACCGAGCACAGUUCGACACGAUUGUCGAGAACAGCUUCCCGCGCUUGCUUGCUAUCUGCAAUGAGCUGGUGAAUCAGGAAAGCGAUGAGGCCGGCGAAAUGCUUCACCUGGCGCUCAAGUCCUACAAACAUGCGACAUGGCUCGAGCUUUGCGGCCACUUGCGACAACAGCACGUCAAUAUUGCAUGGUGUACCGUCUUCCUGCAGACAGUAUCCAAGGCUGCACCUGCCAGCGCCAUGCAAGGUGACGCGUUUGAUCGUGAGAAGCAUCACUGGUGGAAGGCCAAGAAAUGGGCCUUCUUCAAUCUCAAUAGGCUGUUCAUUCGACAUGGAAACCCUGCUAGCCCUGGAAAGGGCAGUGAGGCUGCACAGUUCGCCAAGAACUUCAUUAGCACCAUUGCCCCCGAAAUCUUGAAGCACUACCUCCAGGAAAUCGAGAAGUGGGUGGCCAAGACGUCGUGGCUUAGCCGACCUUGCCUUUCCUACGUAAUUGUGUUCCUGGACGAUUCCAUUCGCCCGAAAGAGAUGUGGACUCAUCUCAAAGCCCAUCUGACCAACCUCGUUACGCAUUUCAUCUUCCCUGUCAUGUGUCUCUCCGAGGAGGACGCAGAACAGUUCGACGACGAGCCCGAGGAAUACUUGCAUCGCAAGCUCAACUACUUCGAGGAAGCCUCCGCCCCUGACGUGGCCGCCACAAACUUCCUCGUCAACUUGACCAAAAACCGCCGAAAGGAGACGUUUGAAAUUCUUAAAUUCGUCAAUGCCGUCGUCAACGAUUACGAGCAAGCACCGGAUGACAAGAAGAACCACAUAGCCAAAGAGGGAGCUUUGCGCAUGAUUGCCACCCUCGCGCCCGUCAUCCUGAGCAAAAAGAGCCCCAUUGCUGACCAGGUUGAGUACUUCCUUGUCCGAUACGUGUUCCCCGAUUUUACAAGCAGCCAGGGCUAUCUCCGCGCUCGAGCGUGUGACACCAUUGAGAAGUUUGAGCAGCUCAAUUUCCAGGAUCAGAAUAAUCUGUUGACGAUAUAUCGACACAUCUUGGAUUGCAUGGCAGAUCCCGCUCUCCCUGUCCGCGUUACUGCUGCCUUGGCGCUGCAGCCUCUCAUCAGACACGAUGUCAUCCGGUCCAGCAUGCAACAAAGCAUUCCCACCAUUAUGCAGCAGCUUCUCAAGCUCGCCAACGAAGUGGACAUUGAUGCCCUGGCCAACGUCAUGGAGGAUUUCGUCGAGAUUUUCGCCACCGAACUCACCCCGUUUGCCGUGGCGUUGUGUGAACAACUCCGCGACACUUACCUUCGCAUCGUUCGUGAGCUUCUCGAAAAGGAGAGCAAGGCCGGUGAAGAUGGCGAGGUGUAUGCAGACUAUGACGAUAAGAGCAUUACCGCUCUUGGUGUCUUACAGACGAUUGGCACCCUGAUACUCACUCUUGAGAGCACCCCUGACGUCCUCCUUCACAUUGAGGCCGUCCUCAUGCCUGUGAUCAAGGUGACUCUGGAGAAUAAGCUUUAUGAUUUGUACAACGAGGUCUUUGAAAUCAUUGACAGCUGCACAUUUGCCGCCAAGGGUAUCUCGCACAACAUGUGGCAAGCCUUCGAGCUCAUUCACACUACCUUCAAGGCUGGCGCCGAAUACUACUUGGAAGAUAUGCUUCCGGCAUUGGACAAUUUUGUUCAGUACGGAACACCUCAGCUGAUCCAAAACCCCGAAUACGUCCAGGCCCUGUACUCAAUGGUCGCCGAUAUGUUCACCGACCAGGUUCAAGGCGGCGUUGAACGCAUUUGCGCCUGCAAGCUUGCGGAGGCAAUGAUGCUCAGCCUUCGAGGCCACAUCGACAACUGUGUCGAGGGCUUCAUCAACAUGGCCAUGGGUAUCUUGGCAACCCAAGAAGUGAAGAUCAAGAGCUACAAGAUUCAUCUUAUGGAAAUGGUCAUCAACUCCAUUCACUAUAAUCCAUUGCUGACCCUCCAGGUGCUCGAGAACAAGGGCUGGACGAACCGAUUCUUCAGCUUGUGGUUCGGCAGCAUGACGUCGUUUAGCCGUGUGCACGACAAGAAGCUCUGCAUUGUCGCAAUUUCAGCUCUCUUGGGUGUCAGCCAUGAGCAGGUACCGGCAAGCGUGUCUGUCGGUUGGCCACGAUUGCUCCAGGGCAUCACAGAACUGUUCCGAACCCUGCCUAAUGCUAUGAAGAACCGCGAAGAAGCUUUGCGUGAUGAUUUCCAUCUCGAGACGACGUACGACUUGGGCGACUCGGAUGAGUGGGACGAGAACGAGGCCAACUGGAGUGGCGAAGGGGAAGAAAACAACGAGGAAGAGCCACUGGAAUCCAAGGAUGAGAGCAAAGCUUACCUGGAGUUCUUGAAUGAUGAGGCCCAGAAGUACAGCCUCGCGGUUGAGGAUGCCGAAGAUGACGAGCUGGGAGAAGACAGCGUUCUGCUGGACUCGCCUCUCGACAAGGUCGAACCCUACCAGCUGUUCAAGGCCACCCUACUAAAAAUGCAACAAGAGCAACCUCAGUUCUACAGCAGCCUGGCGGGUCAUCUUUCAGCCGAGGAACAAAACCUGCUCCAGUCCAUCAUGGUGAAGGCAGACGAGGUGGCAGCCCAGCAGGAGCAGUUGUUGGCUCAGCAGCAGGCACAAGCUGCUGCUGGUGGGCUGACGAGUUAA